AUGGCAUCCAGUGAAGACGCGCCCGAAAAUGACGAGAACCUCCAGCCCACUGCUCCUAACGUACAGGACAGGCCCAGCGACAGUGAUCGGGCAAGGUUUGGCUUUAAGCUGCGGGCUGCACAGCCGAAGAUGGCUCAGGCUGCGAAGAAAGAUGCUCCAGACUCAUCUCGCAGCGUCGAUCUGCAGAAAGUGUUGCGGGAAACAUAUGGAGAUCCGGAUUGCAUUCUGCCCGUCUUGAAAUUGAAGCCCACUGCCGGCAAGUACGAUUUCAAGGACAAAAUAGCAGAUCUUCAAGCGAUGAUCUGCCCGUUAAAGAAUGCACUAUCGGACCAACGGUUAAAAGCCAAAGCUUUGGCAGAAGCGCUGGUGGCGGCAGAGCAAGAUGUGAAUGCAAAGCUGCGUUCCUCCAAGGACGAGCUCAAGGAGGCAGCGGCGCAGCUGUUCGCAGUGCAGAAAGAAGCUGAAGGCCGAGAGGCAGUCCUUGCGAAGAAGUUGUCCCAAGAGUCAAGCCGAGUCUUUCGCCUUCAACGAGACCUGGAAGAAGCGAGGGCCACAGCGUCUGGCAAUGCGGAAGAUGCUGCCAGCGCACGUCGAAGAUGUGAGGAGAUGUCAGAGCGACAUCGCCGGCAAACGGAAGAGGCGGCAGCCUUUCUUCGCGGUCAAGUUGAUGAGACCAUGAAGGCCAAAGAGCAGCUCGUAGAAGCGCACAAGAAGAAAGAAGCCGCUCUCAUGGCUGACUGCAACAAAGCCAAAGAUGCUUUGCAACACGAGUACCAGGGUCGCUUCAACGAGCUGGAGCGGGCGCUCCAAACGAAGGACUCUGAAGCAGCAAGAGCAAUUCAACAGCUCAAGGAAGCAAUAGAAGCAAAGGAUGCUCAGCUGCACACGCAGGAGCAAGACACGAAGGAUUGCAUAGCUGGCCUGCGACAGACCCACGCCGCAGAACUUGAGGAAAUGAAAAGGCUCUGGAAACAGAAGGAGGAAGAGUUCCACAGUGUCAUGGAUGGGCUGCAGCAAGCACAUCGGUCGGCGCUCGACCAGAAAGAAGCUGCAUCCAAGAACAAGGAGGCCGAAUUGAACGAGUUCAUUGAACGUCUGACCGCGACGCACAAGCACCAGCUGAGUGAGAAGGAGAAGGAAUGCAAAAGCAAGGAAGAUGCGGCACAGACGGUUCUUUGCGCUUUGAAGAAAGAGAUGGCGGACAAGGAGGGGAAAGCAACAGAAAGCAUUCGUGGAUUGAAAACCGCCAUCGAGGAGAAAGAGAAUUCUUUCCGACAGGAGGAACAUGCCCUGCAAUCUGCAGUGCGGCAUCUGCAGCAGCAAAUGGAGAUUAAGGACGCUGCUGCGGCUAACGCCUCCACCACAUGGGAGGCGAAAUUUGCUAAGAAGGAAGAAGAAAUGCAGGACGCCUUAGGCCGAGCCAAGACAAAGUACCAAGUGCUGUUGCAAGACAAGGAGGCAUCUGGCAGGCAAGCGGCAGAAGUGCUGCAACAGCAGCUUGCAGCCAAGGAGGCAACACUGCACGAAACGCUGCAGUCGCUUCAAUUUCUUCGUGCCAGCACGAGCGAGCAACUUCAAUGGGAGCGGAAUCGCAUGCAAGCGCUCGAAGAAGAGGCCUCGAAGCUUCGAAGCCGUGCAGACGAGUUGCGCUCAAGUGAGCUGGCCUUCUCUCACAAGGUGCAGCAGCAGGAGUCGGAAAUGGCCCUGAUGAGGGGCCAACUACAAGAGUUGCGCAAGAUGCUUCAGAAUGCGGAGACCGAAAGAGAUCUCCAGACCGAACGCGCCUCGGAGCACCAAGCUGCACUGCAGGAAGAGAUUGCGCAGUCCAAGAUCAAGGUCAGCACUCUCCAGGAGGAGCUGACGAGCCUUAGAACCUUGGCAAAUGCCAAGCAGCUGCAGUGUGAGAAGCUUCAUCAUGAGCGCGACGCACUGGAGGUGGAGUUCAGAAGCUAUAAAGAACAUCAUGGGACCAGCAACCAACAGCAGAUGGAGGCAAUCACUGAGUUAAGGCUCACAGUAGACAAGCUGAGCAAGCAGGUGGAAUGCACCAAAGCCGAGCUUCACAACCAACAGGGCAACCUGUCUCGUCAUCAAGGCUAUAUACAAUCCUUGGAGGGCCAGCUGGCUCUUGCAGAGUGCACUCGCCGAGAGCUUCAUAAUGCCAUUCAGGAGCUGAAGGGCAAUAUCCGGGUCUUUUGCCGCGUGCGGCCUCAACUGGGAGGCUCAAAAUCUGCAUCGCAGCACUUGCAGAUUGCGGAGAACAAGCUCAACUUGGACUACAUGAACGAACCUCACGGCUUCAGCUUCGACCGCAUCUUCUCCGAGAGCUCCUCCCAGGAGGCGGUGUUCGAGGAGGUCAGUGGCCUCGUCCAGUCUGCACUGGAUGGGUUCAAGGUUUCGAUCUUUGCGUACGGCCAAACUGGCUCCGGAAAGACCUACACCAUGCAGGGUUCCCCUGGGCCUGGUGCACUGGGUCUUAUCCCUCGAUCGAUACAGCAGAUCUUGCGAGCAUCUGAAUCCAUGAAGGCCUCAGGUUGGACGUGGACCCUCAAAGUGUCUUUCGUGGAAGUCUACAAUGAGGUUCUUCGGGAUCUGCUGGGAAGUGAUGGGAGCCAACUGGUCCACGUUAUUAAGCACGACGACGCCUGGGGGACGGUGGUGACGAACCUCACUCUGAUGGAGGUCUCUCAAAUGGAGCAGAUCAACAAGCUAAUGGAGACUGCAGCCAGGGCUCGGUCAGUUGGAGCGACGGAUAUGAAUGCCACAUCUUCCCGCUCACACUCAAUAUUUGCUUUGUACCUCCACGGCAUCAAUCGGGAGCAGCAUUCUGAGCUGCAUGGUGCUCUGCAUCUGGUGGAUCUGGCAGGGUCUGAGCGGCUUGACAAGUCAGGAUCGACGGGCGAAAGACUGAAAGAAACCCAGAACAUCAACAGAAGCUUGUCAAGUUUGGCAGAUGUUUUCCUUGCCAAAGCCGAAGGGCGAUCCCACAUUCCGUUUCGCAACUCGAAGCUGACACAUUUGAUGGAGCCAUGCUUGAAUGGUCAAGGCAAGACUCUGAUGCUGGUCACGGUCAGCCCCGAAACAGAUCAUUCGCAUGAGACGCUUUGUUCUCUGCGCUUUGCCUCACAGGUCAGCCAGUGCACAACAGGGGGCAAGCCGAAGCGCCACCUGCGAGCACUGCCAAAUGGAAGCGCAAGCACAACUAAGCUGGCAACCUCCAGGUCAGUCACCACAUUGAGACACGGAAAGUAA